AUGAACCGCCACAACUUCUACAAAGCAACUGCGUUUCGGGAGGAGCCCAACCGCCGAGAAAUGUACCUCAUCUCCAAGCGUAUUGAUCACCGUUUAAAUCAGUGUCUAAAAGUCGAUAGGUGCCAAGUCUGUCUGUCAUGGUGGUUUUCGCUUGUUUGCAGCGCCGACGGCAACUACGAGGUGACCUUGAUGACCAAGGCCACGGUCUACUACAACGGUUUGGUGGUGUGGCAACCUCCGGCCGUCUAUAAAUCCUCUUGCUCGAUAGACGUGGAGUUUUUUCCCUACGACGUGCAAACUUGCGUUUUGAAGCUGGGCAGCUGGACCUACGAUGGGUUCAAGGUGACUCUGUCAAUUUCGAUUCUUAUCAGUCUCCACGUGUUUUUCUUGUUGGUUGUGGAAAUUAUUCCGCCUACUUCGCUGGUGGUCCCGCUUCUAGGCAAAUAUUUAAUAUUUGCCAUGAUUUUAGUUUCCAUUAGUAUUUGUGUUACUGUGGUGGUACUUAAUGUCCACUUUAGAUCACCUCAAACUCACAGGAUGUCGCCAUGGGUCAAACGAGUUUUUAUACACAUAUUGCCCAGAUUACUGGUCAUGAAAAGGCCCCAGUAUGUCUUUGAAACUAAUAGUAAGUUCAUGUCAAACAACAGAUUUAUUUUGAGACAAAGGGAGCUGUCUGCGUGCCUGUACCCUUAUCACACGACUGUGCACAGGGAGGGCAGCCCCAAGAGGAGAUACCCGCCGAGUCGAACGCCCUCCAAGGAGGACGUCUCCCGAAGUUUGGCAGAUGGGGGUCCGUUUGGAGGGAGCUGUCAAAUCCACGGCCCUGUUGCCAUGCCGCAGUCGGACGGCGAGGACGCGAUGGUGGCGGAUUCAGGGCCGGACAACGGCAUCAAGAGUCCGGUCCUGCGCAAUCCGGCCUUCUCGCAUUCCAAGUGCCCGCCCGAAAUUCACAAGUCCUGCUUCUGCGUAAAGGAAGACUGGAAAUACGUUGCGAUGGUAUUGGAUCGGUUGUUCCUGUGGAUUUUUACGUUGGCAGUACUGGUGGGAACUGCAGGAAUUAUCCUGCAAGCUCCAUCGCUAUACGACGAUCGCACACCAAUAGACAAAAAGUUCUCGGAAUUCGCCACCACCACUGUGGUUAGGUGCCCCCCCCAGUAGAAAUAAUUAAUUUAGAACACAUGAAUAAAUUAAUUAAUAAAUACUAACUGACUCGUACUCUUACAGGUUGACUUAAAAAUCACAUUUCAUAUGUAAAAUUGAUUAUGUUCACAACGGUUUUGUUUUUCCCAUAAUAAUAUGCUGUGAGGAGUUUUGGAUCACCCUGUAUGUGGUACUUCAAUAUGCAUAGUUAUUAAGUACUAAAUAUAAGGAAAUAAAAAUCGUGUCAAUGUAAAAUAACCGAAAUUUAUAUUUAAAAAAAAACUAAGUAAUACGUGGUAAGUUUUUGUAAAGAGCUUUCACAAACACCCUGUAUAUAUUUACUUUGGCACGAUUUUCUAUUUCUACAAGCGACGUCUUAUAAUAAACAAAAAAUUGUUUUAUUAAAAAAUAAUCGAUAAAAUCGGUCAUUAUUUUUAAUAUCGAAAACCCGUUACAUUUAAAUAUACAGAGUGAGACAUUUAAGCUGAAACUUUGAAAUAUCUCAGUUAAAAAAAAUUAAAUGAUUCGACGAUUUUUUUUUUCGGUUGAACACUCCCGUUUGUAGUAAUCCUUAAAAUUAAAGUGACCAUGGUGCGCAAUUGACCGAAUGAAAUAAUGUAUAAAACUUAAACCAAAGGAAACUUAAAUAUUAGUUAAAAAAUCAGAUUUAAUUUCCUAAGAUAAUUAUUAUCAAAAAAAGUUAUAUUUUUAUAGAAAAAUUAUUGCAGAAUCGUAUAAGAAGAAAAAUCGAACAAAAUUGAUUUUGUUUCAUUACAAAUAUGAAAAAUGUUUUAGACUAAAGACUGAAUUAUAGAUUGCCUUCCUUCCUCCCGUAGUCGUGCCCGUACGAUUUGUGCGUCUUGUAAAAAGCCAAUUUAUAGAUUUCCGUGUAAAAUUCCGUAACCAUGCGCGAUGACACCUAAAAUGGUUGACAUUUGUUUUUGUUUAUAUUCUGCGUUUUACCCAUUGUGUGUAAAUAUGAAAGAUAAACAUUUAUAUAUUAGUGCAGUGAUCUCAAUUUUAAUUGCCCAGGCAGCUUGUUGUAUACUGCCCAACUAUGGAGAAAGGCAGUAACUGCUAAACAAGAAAUUUGUGGGAAAUUAGCAUAAACUACAUUUUUAUAAAAAGCAGUAGCUAUUUGACUGAUUUAUUUAACUUAUAAGAUAGUUACUGCAUUUUUUUGUUGAAUUAAGAUACAAAAUGUCCAUAGCUUUAUCAUAGCACAAGAAAACGCAUUUAGAAUUUUUUUUUAGUUACUGCCUUUCUCCAUAGUAGGGCAGUAUAAUGGAAAAAAAACAUCGAACAAGACUUGCCCACUUUACCAAGACCGGGAAACUACGGGGUUUUACAAAGCAACGUUUCUAAAAAUGAAAGACAUUGAUCAUAAACAAUAUCCAAAUAUCCUAUUUAGAGACACAAAUUAUUUAAUAAACUGAACACCUAUCUUAAAUAAUACUAAACAAUCAUGAAUUUUAAAUAUUUUGUGCCUACGCGCUGUCACCCUACAGCGCAUGACCAUAACAAGCACUGUGAUUGGUCAUGUCAAAGACCUUUACGGUGAAAAAUAAAACUGAAAAAUGUCUACGGGAGGAAGGAAUGCCGUCCUUACGGUACGGGAAUCUAUAAAUGGCACAAAGUAUUAAAAAUUCUUACACGGGAAAUGUUAAUGGUGAUAAUUACAAAAAUGUUUAGGAAAUUUCGUAUUGUUCAUCUUCUACGGGAGGAAGGAAGGAAGGCAAUCUAUAAUUCAGGCUUAACUGAGAUAUUUCAAAAUUUCAAGUUAAAUGACUAACCCUGUAUACGACCAUAAGUUUGGAGUGCAUCUUAGCAAACAUUCUUUGACUCAAUUUUGAAAAAUUAGGUAAUAAAUGUGCUCAAAACUUUUGAUUCGUCUCAUAAAAUUCGAUGUCAUAAAUUAUGUAUAUAAGCGAUUCAUAUUUUUUGUAAAAAUCCUUACGAAAUUCAUAUUUAAAAUUUAAGUGUGAUUUAUAUUUUUCCUUAAAUUUUCAAGACUGCCCGAUUUGCCAAAUAAAUUAUUAUAUUAUGGUUUUUGAGACUGAUAUCCUUCCAUAUUAUGUAGAAAUAUCCAAAAACUUGGUAUAAAAGUAUAACUGCCAAAUUUAUUAAUAAAUUUAGAACCCUUGGUAAAUAUAAAAUUCGUUUUUAUAGGACAAUAAUUUUUCUUUUAUUACACUAUAUAAUAAAUAUUUUAUGAUUUAAUAACAAUAAAGUUUAUAAAAACAAUUAGCUUUUAGUAAUAGUAUUUUAUUAAUACGAUUUAUGUUGACACAAAAACUACUAUUAUUAUAAAAAAAAUCCAGUAAUUCAUACAAAAUUUUAAAUAUGAAUUUUGCAAAAAAAUCGUCCUAAAUCGAAAAAUCCCGUAUGAAAAAAAGCUUAUGAAUUUUUGUAUUCAAUAAGGAGCUACCUGAUUGUAAAUAUUAUAUAUUUUACAAAAAGGCUCAGUAAUAUUUUAUAUCCAUAAUAUUAUAUACAAAUUGUUAAUUAUUGGUCACGUUUUUAUUAUUAUUAUUAUGUAUUAUACGAUUCAUUUGUGAUAUUUUUAAAAUAGAACACGUAGUGCCAUUAUAGGUUAAUUAAUAGACUUAAGUGGAAAAGGAGCGUAGUCAUUCAAACAAAAUAUACACAAAAAAAAUUAUUUUUUUAUAUAAUUUCGAAUAUGAAAACAACAAAGAUUAAUUAAAAUUUAAUUAAAUAUCUGAAAAUAUUCUGACUUCAACAAUUUCAAGUAUUUUUUUGACAUUUACGAAUAUUCUUCAAUCCAUUUUUGACAGAAUAGUACCGUCAAUCAGUCGAAAAUU